AUGGUGCCCAGUGGCCCAGCUGGCAAUCGCCCGACACAGAACGAGGAAGUGACAGAACCCAAAGAACUUAGCGGCCCUAAACGGCUUGCAUCAUCACUGUCUAAUAUCACUUCUCGCCUUUCUACUGCUACAGGGGGCUGGGGCAAAUGGUUGCUUAACUCCGCCUCAGACAUAGUCGCGGAAAUCGGCGCCGAAUCCGAAGAGGCCAAGAAUGACCUCAAGGAGUUUUGUCAAACAAUUGUCUCAGACUCGACGGCUUGGAUACGAAGACACACAGGGAGCUGCCCUACUGAUGAAUCUUCUGUCCAGCCCCCCCCUAAUGAUGCCAACAGCAGUCGCACGGGAGACGACGGCAGCCAUAGCAGCAGUGCCACCGACAGCAGCACAAACACUGUUACAAGCCGCCACAACGACGAGCAUAGCAGUAGCAGCAGUUGUUCCGGCACACCUUCUUUAGAUGACACUAUCACUCACGCGGGCAGAACAGCGACCUCUCCUCCGUCACCUCUUCACUCAUCCUCUGCGCAAACUGAUCAUAGCGCGGAAAGUCCCCCAAAGGAAGUCAAUUUGUUUAUUUUGGAAAAAACCAAAGAGCCGUCUUUGCCUAUUUGGAUGACCGAUCCAGCAUUUAAACGCCGCUUUCGGUGUAUAGCAACGUCAGAUGAAUCUUUCACUUCGGAUCCGCUGCCCGCCUUUCCCAGUAGCAGUGCGAACAACACGCAGCAGCAUCAACAAAAGCAGCAGGAGCCUGCAUGCGAGGAACCCACUUGUGGGUCAGCAGUUUGCGCAACUGACGGCAACGAUGAUGCAGGGCCAUCUGAGGCAGAAAUAAAGGAGUACAUGAAGGAUCCUUAUGUCGCCGCAGCUCGACAAAGACUUGUCCCUGAGAAAGUAACCGAGGAAUUGUUCUGGCGACGGUUUCACGCCCGUGUCCGGCACAUGGUGGAACAGGAAGAACAACUGUCUGUACACCUCAGCAAACUAAAAACACCAACAAAGGCCGUAGACGACUCAGAAAGCGAAGAGGACAUAUCGUGGGAAGAUCUUGGCGACGAUUAG